AUGUCGCUCUCUAAAAGCGAGUCGGACGUAAUCCUCAACCGGGCCAACGUCGCUUUAUCCCGCAGCCAAAGGCUCGUGGCCUCAUGGCUACCGCAACAAACACCAGAAGAGCUAGCAAACACCAAGACCGACGAAGAACUCCAACGAGAAGAAGAUGAAAUAUUCACCGCAGUGCCAGAGACCCUCGGCGUCGGAGCCCCCCUGCCCCAGAAAGCAGCAGAUGGAAGCUGGAACCGCACAGAGCUGGGCUUAGACGAUAAACUGCGCAAACAACUCCUCGGCAAGAACUACGAUCGUGUUAUGAAGGCCGCUGCCGAGAAAAAGGCGGCGGCGGCUGCUUCUACGGCUGCGGCUGCAUCUGCUUCAGCUAGUACAGCGAAAGCUGAGGUCGAAGAUGAGUAUGAUGAAGAGGAUGGUCGCUCGGCUAUGCUUGCUAGGCAGAAGAAUAAGAGGAAGGGUGGGGCUGGGGCGGGUCAUGGUGUGCAUCCUGCUGCAGCGGCGGCUGUUGAGGCCGGAGAUAAAGAUGGUGAGGAGGGCGAGGGAACGCCAGCUCAACAGGCAGCUCCUGCUCGCUCUAAGGGCAGGAAGAAGGCGACGAGUUAUCUUGAUGAGCUUUUGGCUGAACGCGCGAAGAAGAGGAAGAAGAGGUGA